AUGCAGGGCUUAUCAGAGGAUCCUGUAGACCUCAGUACAGAUGUAUGUGUUCGGAAUUUCCGGGCCGCCAGAGGACUCUCCAAUAUUUAUCGGUGUGCGAAAACUGAUGGUUUGGCUCGUCGACUUUAUGCCAACAACCACUCGAACGGGGAGAUGCUGUUGUUGGAAAGGGCUGGCCUGAUUCUGGAUUUGCGAUCGGAUUCAGAGCGUAGCGAAAAAGAUUCACAGACUUGGAUGUCUAGAGCGCCUGGUGGAAAGUUUAGCGUCCAACGCGAUUCAUUCUCCCCGCCACUUUCGAGUGAACGCGUUGUCUUACGCUUAGAUCCUCUGUCGCCUUCCACUUUCAUGGCAUACUUGGACAAAAACUGGAUGACACCACAGCAAAAGCUAAAAAGUAACAUGUACAAAAUUGUGGACGGCAAACAGCUGCACAAUCUCCGAAUGGAAGUUCUGAAUACCAAAGGAUUGGCUGGACUCAAUGAAGCCAUUCUUGAGACGGGGAAGCAUGUUCUGAAAGAGGCCUUGACGGCGAUUGUGUUGCAUCUGGAGAAGAAUCCGACCUCUCCGGUAGUAAUCCAUUGUGUACAAGGGAAGGACCGAACUGGAUUAAGCGUUAUGCUAUGUCAAUCGGUUCUUGGGAUAUCCGAUGACGUCAUAAUCGAUGACUACCAUCUCUCGGAAUCGAUGUUACUUGAUAGUUCUGCGGUGACGGAUCAACUUACUGCAAGUGUAAAAGUGACAGGAAAAAUCGACAAACGAGUUUUCUCUGGUGCACCUCGCGAAGCCAUGGAAGCCACCCUGAGCUUCCUGCGUUCCAAGUACGGAUCAGUAUCACCGGGCUACCUGGACGCGAUCGGUUUCCAUGAGUCAUGGCAGAGUCGGCUCAAAGCAGUUCUAGGUCAAUCGAAGGCGGCAACCAGUAAUUUAUAG